UCCCCUCUGACCCCAAACAGGCAGGCAUAGCAGAGAGAGCGGGAAGGGAAGUAAGCAAGGAGAUAGAUAUACACUACUACUCGUGCUCGCCUGUCGUCAGCCUUGGACGCGGCUCAAAACCAGCAGCGUUGCGUGCUCUGUAGUUCCUCCUCCACAGUAAGUCUCAGUCGGGGACUAUCGCUUUGCUAAACAUGGACGCAGUGAGGAGCGACGUAGCUCAGCCCGCCUACAGCCGCUGGUCCUACAGGCCCUCCAGCUCAGCCAGCUUCUCCUCCAGUGCAAGUGCCCUGGACGAUGACGGUGCAAGUCUCAGGCAGCAGAAGUUGGAAAAGCAGAGGGCGCUGCUGGAGCAGAAGCAGCGGCGGAAGCGGCAGGAACCCCUGAUGGUGCAGCCCAACCCCGAGGCCCGGCCCCGCCGGUCCCGCCCGCGCCGCAGCGAGGAGCAGGCGCCUCUGGUGGAGUCACGGCACAGCACCACCAGCGACGUCAUCCUCGACGGGUACAGUCUAUCGUGGACUGACGAGGAUGAGUCUGAGCCCCUGAUUCCCAAGAUCCCCGCGGAGCGCAGGGCCAGUCAGAGCAGCCUAUUCAAGGAAGAGAGAAGACGCUCGUCGUGUUCACAGCCGCUAAUGUUGAUGGUGCAAGAUGUCUUUGAUGGAGGAGAAGAAGGAGAGGCGUUGCUACAGGAAGAUGGCAUGCUAACAGAAAUAGGAAGGGCCUUGCAGGAGAUGGAGAGGCCCACUAGUUCUAGACUGACGGGGGCUCAGAGACUUCUGCAGGAGCAGCAGGGGUCUAGCAGAGCGUUGCUCAGAGAGACAGGGAUCGAUGGCCCCGCAGCAUUCCUAGGCUCUGAGGUCCCGGAUACAGGCUCCAGGGUCCAGAUCCUUUCGGUGAGCCAGACGCCCUCCUCACAAUCCCCGCCCGCCGAAGAGCCAGAGAGGGACGGAGACACAGACACGCUGCUGGAGCCCAAGACGGACAUCCACGAACUGCUGCAGAGGAGAGGUCUCUCUGGAAGUAUGAAUUAUGACGAGGCGAGCGAGGAGGAGGUGGUGGAGGAGGAGGAGGAGGAGGAGCAAGCUCCCUCCCUCUCGCCCAACACCACCACAGAGUCACACAGGCCCGCCUCAGCCUCCAGCACAAAGUCUACUUGCACGGAAUACGUAGCGCCGGGGUCACCCUGCACGGACAUCCCCCCGAUCGAUGUGGACCACCUGGAGGAGUUUGUGCAGCGGCCAGCUCCCCGCGGCUCCACCAUGAAGUGCCGCAUCACACGCGACAAGAAGGGCAUGGACAGAGGCCUCUACCCCACAUACUUCAUGCACCUGGAGAAAGAGGACGGCCGCAAGUUCUUUCUGCUGGCGGGAAGAAAGAGGAAAAAGAGCAAGACGUCAAACUACCUGAUCUCAGUGGAUGCCACAGACCUGUCCCGUGAGGGAGAGAGCUUCGUGGGGAAGCUGAGAUCCAAUCUUAUGGGCACAAAGUUCACAGUGUUUGACAACGGCACCAAUCCCUGCAAGAACCCUGGCACUCUUCUGGAGGAGAGCAACACACGACAGGAACUGGCAGCUAUCUGCUACGAGACCAACGUGUUAGGCUUCAAAGGGCCUCGCAAGAUGACUGUCGUCAUCCCCGGGAUGAACAUGAACUUUGAGCGGAUACCCGUCCGACCAACCAGCGAGCAGGACACCCUGCUGGGGAAGUGGCAGAGCCGCGCCCUGGAGAACCUGAUCGAGCUACAUAACAAGGCGCCCGUCUGGAAUGACGACACGCAGUCCUACGUGCUCAACUUCCACGGCCGCGUCACACAGGCCUCUGUCAAGAACUUCCAGAUUGUCCACGACAAUGACCCGGACUACAUCGUGAUGCAGUUUGGCCGAGUGGCAGAGGACGUCUUCACUCUGGACUUUAGUUACCCCAUGUGUGCCCUGCAGGCCUUCGCCAUUGGCCUCUCUAGCUUUGACAGUAAACUGGCUUGCGAGUGACCGCUCCGUCUUGCACACCGGCAACACACACACACACACACACACAAACAUGUAGUCACACACAGUCAUGUCUUUUGCUAGCACAACAACAUCCAGCAUUAAGACGUGAAAUCCCCUCCUUUCCUCUCCCUCAGGACAGUUUUUAUGUGUGUGCAUGUGUGUGUAAAACACUCACCUCCCUGGUCAUCACUGCUACGAUGAGAUCUUCCACACUGCCUUGUCUAGCGGUGAGCAGGCACGCAGACACUACUAUACCACCCCACUUCCCUCCUCAACAGAAGACAUGGAGCCCCCUUUCUCUACACAUCACCUUGCAUACAGUACUGUACAUCUUGCAUACAGUCAGCAGGACCACCAGACGUUUAAAUCACUGGAUCACUUUAAUAUUCACAGGAAAAAAAAGAAAAUAUAACAAGUCUCUUCGAGAGGAAACCCCCAUCCUUUUGUGAUGCCUUUUUUCAGUGUGCCUCUGUGUAAAUGUGUGGGUAAAUCUAAUUAUCCUUAAUAUUUUUUCUGUGUUUGUUGUUUGCCGCCUUUGAAGUGGGUGGCUGAUUUUUAACAUUUCUUUUUCUUUUCUUGUAAUUAUUAUAAUUAUAAUUAUUAUUCCACUCGCAAACAGUCGGCGAGUGUAAGGAAAGGGAACAGUAGCUGUGUCCGUCCCUGAGCAACCAGAGCCGUCACUCAUAGACUGCCUGCCACUCACUGACUGAUUUAAUCCACUGUAAGGGAAAAAUGGACAAUGAACUGGGCUUUACUCAAAUGCAGUGGUCUCUAACAGACAUGUCAAUUUUGAUGUUUUAAAUCGUAUUGAAAUCAUGACUUUUUGUAAACUUGGAUUUAAAAUAUGGAUGUUGUUCUAGGUUGUUUGUUGUGUGUGUGCAUUCUCUUCUGCCUUUUAAAAAACCUCUCUCAACACUCUUAAGACCACCAGCGCUGAAUAGAAUUGGUUGUUAAUUGUGUAAGUGACUUGUUGUUGGGGAUGGACAUCAUGUCACCACUUUGUCAUCAGUAAAACCUUGCGGUUGUUUUUGUAAACACAGAACUGUGUCAUUCUUAGUUGAGGCAAUUGCGGAGUGAUUUUGCACCACCAGGAAAGUCAUCUGGGGAGGCACUGUGUUCUGUGUGUGUGUUUACUGAUCACCGCUUAAUUCUAUCAGGCCGAAGAGAACGUUUUUCUCAAAGAAACCUUUGACAUGCAGUUCACUGCACAUUGACAUGGACUCAGCAGGCAAAUACAUGUGACUGACGUUUCUUGAGCACCCCCCUUUUUUUUUCGCUUGAGGCAAUUCUGUUUUGUUGUUGUGCUCAUCUGUCAUAGUGAACUUUAAGUGGAGUUGUGAGGUUUCCUUGUUUACCAGCAUGCACUUGCUUUUUUUCUUUUUCUGUUUUUGAUGGAUCCCAUUGGUUAUUUUACAGGCAAGGUGAACAGAUGCGGCUAACUUGACAUUUCCCUGUAGACCACAAAUAUGUCAGAAACAAAUUUGAUAAUUAUCAUUAAUCAUAAAUACUUAAGAAUGAUUUGUACACCAAUGAUCUAGGCAGCAAGAAACUACACUUGUAGCGUCCACUGUGUCAGCAUUGUACUUGACAAAAAAAUCUUUUUUUUUAUUAUUGUUUUUUUCUAUUAGCUGUGUGUUACAUAAGAAAAAAAGAUAAUGGCAUUUCAAGAUCACUUACAGUUUCUUUUUCUUGUUCUUAGACUGCUUACCUUGACAGGGAAAGUGUGCUCACAUCUGGACGAUUUUAUGAAAGUCUGUACAGACAUCUCCCCUCCAAAAAAAAAAAAAAAACAUGAGAGAAAAAAAGAGAGAAGUGGUUCUUUCACCAAGAGAGACACCACAGAGAGACAUAUGAUUGUUGCCUUAAUGUUGAGAACAUUUGUUUCGUUUUGCAUCAGUGUCUUAAUAUUGACUGCAUGGUCGAGUGCAGGAAUGGAUUUAGAAGAGUAUACUGUAUAUUUUAUACUUUAGAGUAUAAUGUAUAUAUUUUUUAAAGGAGAUAACGUGUGCUCUCGCCACGUCUUGAAAGUUGAGUUCCAUAACGGCAAGUAACAAAAUGAGUUGAGGGUGUAAAUCGAUGCACAAGACCAAAAAAGGCUCUGCUGGAUAUGUGUUUGUGGGUUGAAGAAGUUUUUCGGUUUUGUCAGUGUUGUGUUGUUUUUGAUUGUGUUGAGCCACAUCUCACUAGCCAAUUGUAUACUGGAUAUCAGAGGAGUGCUUAUUUUAUUCCAAUUAAAUGAACUGUCGGGAAAACAAAUGGAAUUUGCACAAAUUAACAAUUCAGAGGAAUAAUCCUAUUAUAUCUUGACCAGCAGGGGAGGAACAAAUCAGCCUUAUCAUGAAGGCUUGACUUGUAUUAUAUUUUUGAAAGAUGUUAUUGUUUUACAGUCAUUUGUAUAUAGUAUAAUUAAUUAUGUGUUGUGUAAGCCCUGUCUGUCUAAUCUGUCUGUUUUUAAAAUACAACACUGCUGCAUGAAG